GAUUUUGCGAUACAUCGCGAUUUAUUUCUGCCGUAUUUUACGUUUUGUAUAUUGUGAGUCAUCUUGUUGACCUCAGAUGCAAUAUGAGUAGAUGUAUGAAUCAAAAUCAAAUUAAAAUCAUAAUGAAUAAAUAUUGCAAUACUAGGCACCACUAUCGCAAUACUACACAAUUGUAAAGUGGGGUUUUGUCUCCCACCUGUGUGGACUGGAAACGUCCCAUGGAUUCCUGCUGGAUAAGGUCGUGGCUAGCAAGUAGUGAACCAAAUUAUAUUGAAGACCAUCAUAAGAUCACCUUCGAACUCACUUCAUGAACACUUAGGUCAUGUAGUAAGAGGCUAAAUAGAAACAGGAAAAUCAAGUACAGCAAGGCAAUGAGACAGAACAUGACCUUCCUUGAGACCUGAUGCAAAUGUGUGUCUUUGUCUAAAUGUCUCACUAAAUUAUCAGCUAACCCUGUCAACAACAAAAAAAGAAAAAGAAAAUCUGGUUUAGGGUGGAGAAACAGUGUGACUGGCAGGAUAUAGAACAGUUAGAGUAACAUCGCAAUGGCAGUGCUGGACUGACAUAAUGGCACCACCUCGUUUGUAUAAUUAUUGUGGUACCCAAAGCUGUUGCUUUGCUGUGUUGCUUACAGCGAGAACUGCCAAUGCACAUUGAACUGAACUAUUGCAAAAUGAGGGGAACGUCUGCCAGAUGAAGAACUCAUUUCAUUAGUGCGUGUGUUUUGACAUUGGAUGUUUUAUAAUAUUUUAAUUGUUUUUUUACAUCCAAUAUCUUAAGGUGCUUGUAGUUUGCACCUCCUUUUAAAUCUGUAGGUCUUACGUGGUUUAGAUCAAUGACGUAACUGGAUGCCCUAGACUCUUCUAUGCUAGGCUAUAAAAUAAUUGUUUACAUCAAAUGCCGCCAAGAAGGCUCUAUUGAUGAAUUUAUUCCUCAACGUAAUCUAUGAUAACAACCUAACCUAACGUGUAUUUUGGGUCAUGAUAAAUGCCUGACAAACGGUCUGCAAUGUGAUGCUGGGGUAAUGUAGCCUAUAGCUGGUGACAGGCGAACAGUGAACUAUAGGCUACCGCGUUGGGUCUAUGUCGUCAUUUUUAUGGUUUAAGUGGUCUAACGACUCGCUAUCAAUUAUUUCUUAAAGCAUCAGCGACUAGUUGAAAAAAUAUAAAAAUGCAACGAUGGCUUCCGAAGAAGUGAGCACUGUAACAGGUUUGCACGUCUGAAUUAUAGAUGCUCCACUGACUGACACUUGGUGGUAUGUGCUGCGUCGGACUCAAGGGGCUGCCGCCACUGCCAUUGAUUGUACAGCGGUGACCAAAAUGGGAGAGCGGUGUUGUGAUCAGAGCGCAGCGGCAUCAAUGGGAAAGAGCAACGGGAUACCGGUCAGCAAAUAUCACCGACAAAGACUCGUUGAUGAUGACAAUAACAAUCCCCGUAAAAGGAUUCUUCUCUCCUCGAUGACAACGUAAAGGUGAAACCAGUGGCAGAUCUGAAAAAAAAAAAAAAUCCGUGAGGACAGAGGGAGAGUCUGAGACAGAGCCCCACACAUGCAUCUGUCUCCUCGCUUGCAGCCCUCGCCAUCAGCAUGCCCACCUUGGAGGCGCCCAGAGAGGGCUUCGCCAACUCCAGCACAGCCUGGGGCCCCUGGGGCGACUGGGGCCCAACCACGGUCAACAGCACGGUGAAGAUGGUGCUGAUCUCGGCCAUCGUGUGCACGUCGCUCUUCGGCAAUGUGGUGGUGCUGCUGGUGUUCCAGCGCAAGCCUCAGCUGCUGCACGUGGCCAACCGCUUCGUGCUCAACCUGCUGCUGGCCGACCUGCUGCAGACGGUGCUGGUCAUGCCCUUCGCCAUCGCCGCGGCCGCCCCCGGAGUGUGGCCUCUGGACGCCCGCCUCUGCCAGGCCCUGGUGGUGCUCAUGCAUCUCUUUGCCUUCACGGGUGUCAACACCAUCAUGGUGGUGUCCGUGGACCGCUACCUGGCUAUCAUCCACCCGCUCUCCUACCCCACGCGCAUGACGCCGCACCUGGGCACCAACCUCAUCGCCCUCACCUGGCUCCUGAGCGUGCUCCAGAGCACGCCGCCGCUCUACGGCUGGGGCGCCAUCGAGUUCGACCGCCACCACAACGCCUGUACGGUGGUGUGGUCCUCCAGCUACUCCUACUCCGCCCUGGUGUCGGCUCUGUCCUUCUGGCUCCCCGUGCUCAUCAUGCUGGGCUGCUACUGGAUGGUGUUCCGAGCCGCCCGCCGGCAGAACGCCCUGGUGCACCCCAUCCAGGCCAACAACCACCUGCAGCCCCCAGAGUCCCAGGCCUCCUGCAGUAGUCCGCAGAGAUCCCAGCAACAGCCCUCGUCCCAGCAGCAGCAGCAGCAGCAGCCCUCUCACCCUGACGUGUCCUCGGCCGGCUACCCGAUCCGUGUGCGCCACAGACGCUUCCACUACCACUGCAAGGCGGCGCGGGUGGUGUUUGUGAUCAUGGCCUCCUACAUCGUGAGCAUGGGGCCGUACAGCGUCCUCAGCACGGUGGCCACGUGCUCCAGCCGCCCGGUGCCGCCCUGGCUCUCCUCGCUGGCACUCAUCCUCUUCUUCCUGCAGUGCUGCCUGCACCCCUACAUCUACGGCUACAUGCACCGCAGCGUGCGCAAGGAGUUCCUGGCGCUGCUCUGCGGCUCGAUCUGCAGGCCCGGCCGGCCGGGGAGGGGCUCGGCCGUCGACAGCUGCUUCACCGUGACGGACGGGCGGCUGGGGCACCCCCCGACGGGGCACCCCAGCCAGGUGGCACGCGUCCGCCCGCUGCGCACCUGGGAGGAGGGCACGGUCUCCUCCUCCUCGCCCACGGACAGGAGGUCCAGGGACAGCCGCAAGGAGACCACCUCCAUCAGCUUGAGCUCAGAGAGGGAGCUGACGGUCCACAGCAAGUGAUGACAGCAGCACAGGUUUCACAUGGACCACUGCUGUAUGUCUUGUGAGGGUAUUAUGAGGUCAAACCUCAGUCGGGAUGACGGUCUCCUCUGAGGUCAAAUGUGUGGUCGCUAAAUCAGACAGAUGACACCAAGGUCAACCCAGGCAUACCUCUAUUGUGGUUCCUUUCCUCAACAUUCUGUUGUCACCUCCACAGUGCCUGAGAGCCAUGUGAUUGUGUUAUGAGGAAUAGUGUUGGGUAUAUGUUUGUGAUGUAUGCAUUCAUGUUUUAAGCAUAGCCGUUGUGUAAAAAAAAAAGUGAAACCUUUUAUCUUUGCGAGAAGCAAGAAUGUCAUUUGAGCAAAUUCUAGCCAACUUAGCAAAUGAAUGUAAAGUGUUUUGAGUGUCGUCUUGAUGUAAAGUACCAGGGAGAGGACUGACUAUUCAGAUGUUUUGUAUAUCUUUUUGUAGACAAAACAGUUUCCUGUUUGGGAUACCUACGUAUAUAGACACAUCAACUCUGAUCUUUCAGAUUGGGUCUCGAGUGGCAGAGCAGAAGGGAAAUGCUGCUCUAUAUUGCGUACUAACGAAGAGUUUUUUAGUUCUGCUGUAUGAGUUGGUUAUUGGUAAUGCAUCAUAUUGAUACUCUGGUGAAACUCUGUGGAGGCAGCUGAAACUAUUGACACUGUUAACAGUCAGACUGUUCAUUAACACCCCCCCCCCCCCCCAAGUAAAUACUUUUAUAAUCUCAUUUUGUCCCAUAAAAACAUGACCAUGAUAUUAGAAAUUGUAAAUCAUUAAGAGGUUAAAGUUGUGGGCCAAUAGGUUAGUUCCUGGCCAGGUAAGAGAGGUAUAGAGUUGGGGAGAAGCGUGGCCUGCACUGUGCUCAGGUGCCUCCUUAAGUGAAACUCCCCGAUACUGUUUGUGUGAAAACCUCACCGCCUCAACACUGCCAAGGCAAUUGCCAGAGAGGUACUCCUUGAAAAUUGGCAAAGCUCAGUCCAUGUGCCUACCCACUUAUCAGAUGUUCACAGGGAGAAUCUGCCCAGCCUCAUCAGUCUGUGGAUUUAUGAUUGGCCGGCCGCAGUGGGAGACUCAUUGUUGUUGUUCUCUGUGUCAUUCCCUUGUCUGCCUUCUAUAAAUGGUGGGACGGAGAAUAUGUCAUACUGUUAGCUUUGUGGAUACACAGCUAACCUUCCGUGUCCUUGUGAGGUACCAAAUGUGGUCUGAACCCGUAACAAGCUAGCGAAACAAAAUGGACACAUUAUACCUUCAAGGCAUUGUGGGCUCUUCUCCCAGGCCCGUUGAUUAGGUCUGCUGUGCGAUCAUUUUGUGGAAACUGUCUUCAUUAUCUGUCAGCCAUCACAGACAUGGAUGCUCUGAGACUCCCCUUGGCCCCG